AUGCGAGAGUUAGCCACAAAUAGAAUUUCAGACGACGUGCUAAAGACACUUUGGCUCCAGCGCUUGCCAACAGCCGCUCAACAAAUACUAGCGGUAAGUGGCGAAGAUCUAACAAAAGUUGCCGAAUUGGCCGAUAAAAUUUGCGAAGUCACCGCACCAAUGGGCCAGAUUCAGGCCGUGUCACCGCCGCCGGCCGAGAACCACGCAUCGCAGCCGCCGUUUUUCGUCUCCCCAUCGAAACAGAAGCACAUCAGAGGGAAGGCAAGUCUGCUGGUACCACCGGAAGUUCGGAGACAAAGCAAACAAGUGCACGUCCCCCUGCCAAUUCCAGUCGGGAAACUGAUCGGGCCGUCGCUCGACGACACGGGCGACAGCCAGUCUAGGGGACAUAGGCUCUUCUUGCAUGACAAGGCCACGUCGACGCGUUUUCUGAUAGAUACAGGAGCGGACAUUUCUGUAGUCCCCCCAACUCCGGCCGAAGCAAGAAGAGAGCCAGACAGACUGCAACUCUUUGCAGCAAACGGCUCAAAGAUCAAAACGUACGGACGGAGACUAUUAUCAUUGGAAUUGGGUCUGCGCCGGUCGUUUCAAUGGCCGUUCGUAAUAGCUGCAGUAUCCAACCCAAUAAUUGGAGCGGAUUUCUUAAGGAACUUUGGCCUUAUUGUCGAUAUUCGACACAAAAGGCUUAUAGAUAACCAAACUAAACUUGCGAGCGCUGGAAAAGCCGUGACGGUGGCAACACCGACACUAUCGCUCGUCGGAGACAACUCCUCCUUCCAUCGUCUGCUCGCAGAGUUUCCUGAGCUGGUCACACCAUCUACACCAGCCGAACCGCCCAAACAUAGUGUAGUCCACUUCAUUCAAACCCGGGGACCGCCAGUCGCAGGAAAGCCUCGCAGACUUCCGCCCGAAAAGCUCAACGCAGCAAGGAAGGAGUUCGAAUAUAUGAUGGCCCAAGGGAUUUGCCGACCAUCCAGCAGCCAGUGGGCUAGCCCGUUGCACCUAGUGCGAAAAAGCAACGGUGACUGGAGGCCCUGUGGUGACUAUAGGAGGUUAAAUGCAGUAACAGUUCCCGACCGCUACCCCAUACCCCAUAUACAAGACUGUGUGCAGCUGUUACGCGGCAAGUCCAUUUUCUCGACGCUCGACCUAGCGAGGGCUUACCACUAAAUCCCAGUGAACCCGGAAGAUGUCCCCAAAACGGCAGUGACCACCCCUUUCGGGUUGUUCGAGUUCCUAUACAUGAGCUUCGGCUUAUGCAACGCUGCACAGACGUUCCAACGGUUUAUUCACCAAGUCCUACGCGGGCUGGACUUUUGUGUGCCCUACUUCGACGACGUAUUAGUGGCGUCGACCAGCGAAGCGGAACAUUGGGAGCAUCUCAAGACCGUCUUGGAACGCUUCAAAGAAUACGGAGUACGGAUCAACCCAUCCAAAUGCAUCCUUGGUCAGUCUGAGGUAAGAUUUUUAGGCUAUCGCGUAACUCCCGCAGGCGUCGGUCCCUUGCAAGAUAGGGUUGCAGCAAUAGGCCAGAUACCCCAACCAAAAACAGUACGUGAAUUGCAUAGGUUCCUGGCAAUGCUGAAUUUUUACUGGCGUUUCAUUCCCCAUGCGGCAGAAUCCCAGGCGCCCCUCUGCGAAUUCCUAAAGGGGGCAGCAAAGAAUGAUAACCGUGCAAUUAAUUGGGACGAAGACUCAAAAAAAGCAUUCCAAGAGUGCAAAGAUAAAUUAGCGCGAGCAGCAACACUAGUAUAUCCCGAUUCCAUGGCGCCGACAGCACUGAUUGUUGACGCUUCUGACAUCGCCGUAGGGGCGGUCUUGCAGCAAAAGCAGGACGAGUGGAAGCCUCUAGCCUUUUUUUCCUGCAAGCUAGAACCAGCGGAGCGCAAGUAUAGUGCAUACGAUAGGGAACUACUUGCGGCUUAUAUGGCAGUCCGGCACUUUAGGCAUAUGCUAGAGGGCCGUGCAUUUACAAUACACACGGACCACAAAUCCUUGACCUAUGCCUUUCUGCAGAAAUCAGACAAGUGCUCACCCCGGCAGGUUAGGCAACUAGAUUUUAUCGCCCAGUUUACAACAGAUAUUCGACAUAUCAAGGGCAAAGAAAAUAUUGUAGCCGACACGCUGUCGCGUGUAGAAACAAUCACAAAUCUGCCGAUUAACUAUCUGGAAAUGGCUAGAGCCCAGGAGACAGACGACCAGCUGCAGGCGCUACUUAACAACCCCAACUCGACCGGGUUAGUGCUGAAGCUGCUGCCGAUAGAUGAUUCGGCAGCCCAGCUGUAUUGCGACGUGUCAGGAAACAAGGUCAGGCCGUUUGUUCCCAAGGAGUUUAGACGACAGGUCUUCGACUCUGUUCAUGGUCUGGCACAUCCUAGUAUCCACGCAACAGUGAAAUUAGUAAGCGAGCGAUACUGCUGGAAGAAGGAGUUCGAAUAUAUGAUGGCCCAAGGGAUUUGCCGACCAUCCAGCAGCCAGUGGGCUAGCCCGUUGCACCUAGUGCGAAAAAGCAACGGCGACUGGAGGCCCUGUGGCGACUAUAGGAGGUUAAACGCAAUAACAGUUCCCGACCGCUACCCCAUACCCCACAUACAAGACUGUGUGCAGCUGUUACGCGGCAAGUCCGUUUUCUCGACGCUCGAUCUAGCGAGGGCGUACCACCAAAUCCCAGUGAACCCGGAAGACGUCCCCAAAAUGGCAGUGACCACCCCUUUCGGGUUGUUCGAGUUCCUAUACAUGGGCUUCGGCUUAUGCAACGCUGCACAGACGUUCCAACGGUUUAUUCACCAAGUCUUACGCGGGCUGGACUUUUGUGUGCCCUACUUCGACGACGUAUUAGUGGCGUCGACCAGCGAAGCGGAACAUUGGGAGCAUCUCAAGACCGUCUUGGAACGCUUCAAAGAAUACGGAGUACGGAUCAACCCGUCCAAAUGCAUCCUUGGUCAAUCUGAGGUAAGAUUUUUAGGUUAUCGCGUAACUCCCGCAGGCAUCGGUCCCUUGCAAGAUAGGGUUGCAGCAAUAGGCCAGAUACCCCAACCAAAAACAGUACGUGAAUUGCGUAGGUUCCUGGCAAUGCUGAAUUUUUACCGGCGUUUUAUUCCCCAUGCGGCAAAAUCCCAGGCGCCCCUCUGCGAAUUCCUAAAAGGGACAGCAAAGAACGAUAACCGUGCAAUUAAUUGGGACGAGGACUCAAAAAAAGCAUUCCAAGAGUGCAAAGAUAAAUUAGCGCGAGCAGCAACGCUAGUAUAUCCCGAUUCCACGGCGCCGACAGCACUGAUUGUUGACGCUUCUGACAUCGCCGUAGGGGCGGUCUUGCAGCAAAAGCAGGACGAGUGGAAGCCUCUAGCCUUUUUUUCCCGCAAGCUAACACCAGCGGAGCGUAAGUAUAGUGCGUACGAUAGGGAACUACUCGCGGCUUAUAUGGCAGUCCGGCACUUUAGGCACAUGCUAGAGGGCCGUGCAUUUACAAUACACAUGGACCACAAACCCUUGACCUAUGCCUUUCUGCAGAAAUCGGACAAGUGUUCACCCCGGCAGGUUAGGCAACUAGAUUUUAUCGCCCAGUUUACAACAGAUAUUCGACAUAUCAAGGGCAAAGAAAAUAUUGUAGCCGACACGCUGUCGCGUGUAGAAGCAAUCACAAAUCUGCUGAUUAACUAUCUGGAAAUGGCUAGAGCCCAGGAGACAGACGACCAGCUGCAGGCGCUACUUAACAACCCCAACUCGACCGGGUUAGUGCUGAAGCUGCUGCUAAUAGAUGAUUCGGCAGCCCAGCUGUAUUGCGACAUGUCAGGAAACAAGGUCAGGCCGUUUGUUCCCAAGGAGUUUAGACGACAGGUCUUCGACUCUGUUCAUGGUCUGGCACAUCCUAGUAUCCGCGCAACAGCGAAAUUAGUAAGCGAGCGAUACUGCUGGAAGUCCAUGAGAUCAGAUGUAACCAAGUGGACGCGCGCUUGCCUCCAGUGCCAACGCUCCAAGGUGCACAGGCAUACUCGCUCAAAACCAGGCACCUUUCUCAUUCCCAGUUCCCGUUUCGAGCACGUGCAUAUAGAUAUAGUGGGUCCGCUUCCCCCGUCGCAAGGCUUUAGAUACAUCGUUACAUGUAUCGAUAGGUACUCCAGGUGGCCGGAGUGCAUUCCGGUCGCCGAUAUCUCGGCGGAAUCGAUUGCAAAAGUUUUUUACGCAAAUUGGAUAUGCCGCUUUGGCGUUCCGCUCAGAUUGACCUCGGACCAAGGACGUCAAUUUGAGUCCGACCUUUUCCACGCUUUAUCGACAACCCUGGGCAUCAAACAGAUCCGCACAACCCCAUACCAUCCAGCAGCGAAUAAUGGUGAUGGAAUGGUGGAACGGCUCCAUCGCACACUUAAGGCAACCCUACGUUGCCAUGGAGGAGACAAUCGGGCAAAUGUACUCCCAACGGUCCUCCUUGGCCUUCGAACAGCAUUCAAAGAAGACAUACAGGCCGCCACUGCCGAAAUGGUUUACGGUGAAAACCUUAGGUUGCCGGGCGAAUUUUUUACUCCAAGCAGGUACAACCCCGACCCAGCAAACUUCGUCGGGCGUCUUAAAAGCACCAUGGAAAAGUUACGCCCAACACCCACCAGGCAACCAAACAGGACAACUUGUUUCGUACACGAAGAACUGAACUCGUGCCAACAGGUAUUUGUGCGUGACGACACGGUAAGGAACUCGUUACAACCAGUCUAUUUGGGUCCUUUUCGUGUUAUAUCAAGAGAUGACAAGGUUUUCACCAUCGAACAGGGCAGCCGAAAGAUAGCUAUAAACAUAGACCGGUUAAAACCGGCAUUCAUCGAGGCAAACACAGAUACGAAGGCCGGGGGGCCGCACCUAACUUCCGAACAGCCGAAGACAGCCGCUAAGACGACAACAGGAGCGACGACGCCGGACGACAGACGAACGCCGGUCGCAACCAGAUCCGGUCGACGGGUCCGAUUCAACCCGCGAUAUUUACGACGGGUUAACUGUAACGAUAUUUGUAAAUAUAUAACGGUAAACUUCUCGUUGUCACUGGUGGGGGAGUGUGUGGCGGCCGCAUAA